AUGGCUCGCGAAAAGCAAAAAGUGCCUUUGCAGCGGGUACCCUCGUCGAAAAUCAUGCAAAUUCCUCCAGAUUUACCGGAGGCCAAUCCAAGAAGCAUCAACAGUCCGCCGGUGGACCCAACAACAGGCGCUGCACUGGCAAAUUCUGCUUCAACAGAGCAUGCAGGUCUCCUGCAACUGGUCAUCUGUGUUGCGGGUAUCUAUGCCUCCUUCUUGUCUUGGGGAGUGCUUCAAGAGACCAUAACCACUACCAACUGGCCGAUCCGACCGGCCACCGCGCAAGACUCAAACCCCCCUACGGAACGAUUCACCUUCUCCGUCUUCCUUAAUACUAUCCAAUCUUUUUUUGCUGCGAUAACCGGCUUUUUGUAUUUAUCUUUUUCGACUCCUCGAGGCCAGAGACGCCUCCCAAUUUUUCCGACUCGUCGCAUCUUGAUCCCCUUGAUCCUUGUUAGUAUAUCAACCUCUCUCGCCUCGCCAUUCGGGUACGCGAGCUUAGCGCAUAUCGACUAUCUCACUUUUAUCCUCGCCAAAUCCUGCAAACUUCUCCCUGUCAUGUUCCUCCACCUCACUAUUUUCCGAAAACGAUACCCGCUUUACAAGUACGGUGUAAUCCUGCUUGUUACCCUUGGCGUUGCUACGUUUACUUUACAUCAUCCUACGUCGAGUAAAAAGAAGAGUGGCAGCACGAACGGAAAUGGUUCUUCCGCCUAUGGGCUUUUCCUUCUCUCAAUCAACCUCCUUCUCGACGGCUUAACCAACACAACGCAGGACCACAUUUUUUCUUCUCCCAACAUCUAUUCCAAAUUCACCGGCCCGCAGAUGAUGGUUGCACAGAACUUUCUUUCGACACUGAUGACGAGCUGCUACCUCAUCCUCAUCCCGCAUAUCUCAUCCUCAAUUCUUCCUGUUCUCCCGCUACCCGUCCCCCCUUCACAGACUAAUGAACUUGCGUCUGCGCUGUCAUUUUUGUCUCGCCAUCCGCACGCCACCAAAGAUGUUGUGGCAUUCGCCGCAUGCGGAGCAAUUGGCCAAUUAUUCAUAUUCUACACCUUGGCGCACUUUUCGUCCUUGUUGCUUGUCACACGUGCUGUGGUUCGGUCAUCGACUCACCAGUGGACAGUGGCUCGGCGUAGGACUAGUAUUUGGCGGAAUCGGCGCUGA